CGAACUCCACUGUGGCAACAUGAAACUGCUCACCCACAACCUCCUGAGCUCGCAUGUGCGGGGCGUGGGCACGCGUGGCUUCCCGCUGCGGCUGCAGGCCACCGAGGUCCGCAUCAACCCCGUGGAGUUCAACCCCGACUUCGUUGCGCGGAUGAUCCCUAAAGUGGAGUGGGCGGCGCUUGUGCAGGCGGCAAACACCUUAAACCUGACCGAAGUACCCAAAGAGCCAACUGAAGGUUAUGAACAAGACGAGACGUUUUUGAGGAAGAUGCACCACGUGUUGCUUGAGGUUGAUGUGCUAGAGGGCACCCUGCAAUGCCCAGAAUCUGGCCGUCUUUUCCCCAUCAGCCGCGGGAUCCCCAAUAUGCUGCUGAAUGACGAGGAGACUGAGACGUAAACUUGUUAGCCGCCACUUUGGCAUUUUGUGAUGUGUCAGUUGUACAGUCUGUUAAAUAGGUGUGUGACCCCGAUCUCCCCCCAGUGACUCAACAACCACCAUGUACUUGAGCUCCAUAGUAUAUUUUUUUUCUCAUUAAAGGUUCAAAACCAA